CUCGCUGUCUUCCGAAUUGUCGCCGCUUGUCGCCCGCGUCAAGGGCAGCUCCUUUGCUAUUGACAAGAAUAUGCCGACGAUGGAGGGAGGUUGCUGUGGAUAUGUCCAGUUUGUGGCAAGGACUAUAUGUGGGCAAAGACUGGCAGCGGGGGGCUUUCUGCUAUGAGUUAUGGCUCAAGCGAUCACGAGUGCGUCCACUCUCGUUGGAACUCGAGUGUUACAAAAGCAACUGGACUGAGCUGCAAAGCCUUCUUCAGCCCUACAUAAAUCAAGUCUUGUCUCUGUCUCUUGGUUUUUACCACCACGGCCUCCAACCUGAGGUUAUGAUAUCAGAAUUCCUCGCACUUGAGGAGCUGACCAUAUCAUUGCAUUUUAAUUCUGGGUCUUGUGUCGGCCAAUCUAUCUCGCAACCGCCAUGGACUCUGCGCAGUCUCACGGUAACAGGGCUGUUCUUCAACAUGGAAUCGACCUAGACGAACCAAGUGCAAUCCUCAAAUUGCUCCGUUUAUGCCUCAACCUCUCCUCCUUGACGAUAACUACAUUUUUUACCGACAUGGAGGCCAUGGAGCCAUUCACGCACACCCAACUCCAAUCCUUACGGAU